UGGCUUUGCUGCUGUGCGGGCCUCCGAGCCCCGGGCUAUCCAGACCCCAUAAGCGCGGCCCGAAGAAACCCAUCAUCGAGUGACCAGCUAACUCAUGACCUUGGCAUGGUACUGUUCUUUGCCCUGAAUUUCUCUUCUUCGACAUGUGGGUGUAUGGUUCAUUGCACCACCCCACUGAUGCUUUGGAUUAAGCGGCACAUUGUAUCUUCCCCAGAAGGACUUGCUCCACCGCUCUGAAGACUUGCCACCCUGUUUAAGGGACAUUGUAAAUGGAACACCUAUUUCUUUGUCUUCCUUCUUGACACAAGCACCAGCCCUCAUAAUUGGAUCCAAAAACAAAUCUCUGUAUUGUUUGUCUUAACCUCUUUCCUCUUCCACCCACUAGCAUUAAAGCCUGCAGGGAGUAUUAAUGCAAAAAUGCAGUACCAAGGAGAUGAGAAACCUGGGAAAAUACUACAUUGCUGCAUCCUAUGUGAAGUACUUGGAGUCCGCAGGUGCGAGAGUUGUACCCAUAAGGCUCGAUCUUCCACUUACACAAUAUACAGAACUUUUCAGAUCUAUCAAUGGAAUCCUUUUUCCUGGAGGAAGUGCUAGCAUAUCACAGUCAGAGUAUUCCAGUACAGCCAGAAUAUUUUUCAACAAGGCCAUAGAGAGUUAUGACAAUGGAGACUAUUUUCCUGUGUGGGGAACAUGCCUUGGAUUUGAGGAGCUUGCUUUUCUGGUUAGCGGAGAGAGCUUACUAACGCUUACAAACACUGUCUCGGUGCCAUUGCCAUUGAACUUCACUGAAGGUGCGUUACGGGGCAGAAUGUUCCGGAAUUUUCCUGCCGAGUUAUUGGUGUCACUAGCAUUAGAGCCUCUGACUGCAAAUUUUCACAAGUGGAGCCUCUCUGUGAAGAACUUUACAGAAAAUGAAAAGUUAAAGAAGGUUUUCAAUAUAUUAACAACAAAUACAGAUGGCAAUAUAGAAUUCAUUUCAUCUAUGGAAGGAUUUACGUAUCCAAUAUAUGCUGUCCAGUGGCAUCCUGAGAAAGCCCCAUAUGAGUGGAAGGACUUGGAAGGUAUUUCCCACGCACCAAAUGCUGUGAAGACUGCGUUUUACUUGGCGGAUUUCCUUGUUUCUGAAGCUCGGAAGAACAAUCACCGCUAUGAAAAUGAAUUUGAGGAGGUGAAAUCCUUGAUUUAUCAGUUCUCUCCAGUUUAUACUGGAAAUAUUUCUUCAUUUCAGCAAUGUUAUAUGUUUGACUGAAAGUCUUCAUUUGGUAACAAAGCAACUUGGCAUAAUUCAGUGACAGGGAUUUCUGUCUACAGAUUGCAUUGCUAAAUCACUGCUCACAGCACUGUGAGAAGGCCACACAAAUUCCUUUUCUGUGCCUGCUUCUGAUUAUUUACUUAAUACAUGAUUAUUUUGAUCAGAUUUGAUAAUUUGACAAUGAAAAAGAUAAAUAGUCAUGGUGUCUUUCAUAAAUAACUUUUUUGGUGUCUAAAGAUUAGAAAAAUAUAAUUUUUUAAAAA